AGCUGAGGGGGGGUUGCGGGCCCGGACGUCUGGGUCCCCUGCGGGGGGGGCAGCAGGUGCACCCAGCCGUUUGCCGGGCUCAGCCCCGCUCACACUCCCCGCCUAGCCCUGGCACGCCCGUGUGCCCCGCUCCGCCCCCAGCCCCGGGGGUCUCACUGCAGACCACCCCCCGGACUCGGCCCAGUAGGCAGGGGGAGGGUGGCGGGCAAGGGACUUUCCAGCUCGGCCGCCGCUUCUGGUCACCGGUGCCGUGCGGGGGGAGGCGGAGCCGGAGGUGAGGGCUGCAGCACCGAGCCCGGGGCACUCACAGCUGCCCCUCCCCUUGUGCAAUUCACGCGCGUGUGCCCCGGCUGCACUGCUGUCCUCGGCGCUGCCUCGUACCGCGGGACGGGAGGGGAGGGGGGGGGGCGUUAAUGAUUCCUCUCCCCGCCCCAGGAAAUCCCCGCCCGGGACAGGGGCGAAGUCCCCCUCUCGGGCCCUUUCCCCCACACCCGCCGGCGGCCCCGAUCCCGGCGCUGGGGCAGGAGCCGGAGCAGGCUCCGACGGCCCGGGCGCCCGGGCUCCCUCCCAGCUGCUGCGGCCGCGCCCGGGGGGGGUCCCCGGCCCCGCCCCGGGGCGGGGAGUGCGGGAAGCGGCGGCCGGGGCGGGGCGGGGGCGGCUCCGAAAGUCCCCGGGGUUCAGCUGAGCCGGCGGGGAAGUCCCGCGGCUUCUUCCUCAGCGCCGGGGGGGGAUGCGCCGGCAGCCGGAGAGGCCAGGCGUCCGAGCGGGGGCCGCCAGCCCCGUCCCGCCGCCCGCCUGCACGGACCCGCCCCCGGCGCGGGCUGAACAACCCCGGCGUCCGGCCGCGGGAGGGACCCGGCUGCGGCCCCCGGCUGAGGAGCCCAGGCGUGCGGCUGCAGACCCGCGCCCGCCCCCCGCCUGCAGCUGAAGGACCCCGGCGUGCGGCUGCGGGCCCCGGCCCGGGACGGGCCGAUGGCGGCGGAGGAACUGCCCGUGGACCUGCGGACGUGGCGGCGGGAGGCGCCCCCCCGCGCCCCCCCGGCGCCCCCCGCCCGCCAGCCCGAGACCUGCCUGCCCCUGCGCAAGCGCCGCUACCCGGGCCGGGACCGGGACCCCCCCGAGCCCCCGAGCGCCGCUGCCGGGAGCCCCCCCAGGCCGCAGGCGCAGCCGGAGCCGGAGCCCCCCGCGCCGGGGCCUUGCGGGGGCUGCUGCGGGCCCGGCUUGGCCCUGCGCUAUCCGCGCCUGUCGCCCGCCUGCUGCUACCCAGGCCUGGGCGGUGCGUUCCCGGCGGACCUGGCCGCCUGCCUGUCCCCCCCCGCGCUGCUGGGCUUCGCCCCCCCGCUGCCGGUGCCGCUGCCGGUGCCGCUGGCGCUGGCCCUGCCGGGCGCGGCCGAGGCGCAGCUGGCGGCGGACGUCGCGGCGGCCACGCGCCAGGACGAGGACGGAGACACGGCGCUGCACAUCGCGGUGGCUCAAGGGAACGUGGCGGCCGCGCGGCGCCUGGUGGCGCUCUUCCUGCGGGGGGGCCGCGAGCUCGACGUCUACAACCACCUGCGCCAGACGCCGCUGCACGUGGCCGCCAUCACGGGCCAGGCCGCGCUCGUGCGGCUCCUGUUGGCCCACGGGGCCUCGGCGCGCGCCCGGGACCGGCAGGGCCGCAGCGCCGCGCACUUGUGCUGCGAGCACGGGGCCGCGCGCUGCCUGCGCGACCUGCUGCUGGGCGCGCGCCCGCCGCCCGACCUCGAGGCGCGCGACUACGAGGGGCUGACGGCGCUGCACGUGGCGGUGGCGGCGCGGGACCAGGAGGCCGCCCGGCUGCUGUUGGAGCAUGGGGCUGACGCAGACGCUGCGGACAUCAAGAGCGGGCGGUCGCCGCUGCUGCAUGCGGUGGAGAACAAUGACUUGGCCAUGGCUGAGCUGCUGCUGCAGCAGGGGGCAAGUGUGAACGCGCAGUCGUACGCGGGGUGCACGGCGCUGCACGUGGCGAGCGGCCGGGGGCUGCUGGACGCGCUGCGGCUGCUGUUGCGCUCGGGUGCUGACGGCGGCCUCAAGAACUGCCACAACGACACCGCCCUGGCUGUGGCCAAGAACCGCCGGGUCAUUGACAUCCUGCGGGGUAAGGCCUCGCGCCCGCCCCCCACCUCCGAGAGAGCAGGGGAUGGGGCCUCGCCAGUGCCCAGCACCACCGGCAGCACCUCCCCUGGCCUCAGCCCCACCGGUCUCUCCAGCUCCCCCCUGCUGGCCCCCAGCCCCCCCCAGACGCCGGGGGCCCAUCAAGCGGCUACACCCAAUCAGAGAGCAGAGGGUGCGGAAGGGACCAAUGGAGCGUCAACACCAGGCCUCACCCACCAUGCGGUGAAGCGGGAGAGCAGCCCCAUCUUGUCCCCUGUGGAGCAGCCAAUGGGCUGUCAGCUCCCCCUGCCCUUGGCUAAUGGACGGCUGGACCACAACCUGGAUGCUCCGGCCAAUCACUUUGCACCGUUGCUUCCUGCCGCUUUCCACAGGCCAAUUGUUUUGCUGGGCUCUGGACCACUGCCCAAUCACGUGCCUCCAAGGGAUGCUGGCAGCCCGCCCCCUGGGGCAGGGCCAGGGCCAAGGCUUCGCACCCCUGAUGCAGUGGGUGGGGGGGGCAGCUGACGCUGGGAGCCCUGGGGGUUGUGGCCCCAUGACCCCAGCCCAGGGGCCGUGAUCCGGUGACCCCUCCCUGGGGCCAGUAGCAUGGGGGGUGACCACCGACCCAUGGGGAACCCAGGCAUCCGGCCCCCACCCCAGUCAGGACUGUGGGACCCCACUGUCCGCCUCCCCUGCCAACACUGUGGGACCCAGGCAUUGGGGGUGGUGGGGUUAUGACCCCCAUGGCAUGUAGCAGGGGUGGGGGCAUCUGAGCCUAGCCCCCCCCAGUCUGGGGCACCCCCAGUGGGGUGGGAAAGGGGUGCUGCUCCUGCAGGUAUUUAGGGCCUGGCUGGAGAUGAUGGGGGGGGUCCCCUGCACUGAGCCCCCCCACCCCCCCAGGCACAGCAUUAACCCCUCCAGUGCCAGGCUGCACCCCACACAGCCUGGUCUGCCUGGGGGGGCAUCUGCUUCCCCUGCCCCCCCAGGUGGCAGCAUCAAAUACUUGAAUGGGGGGUUCCAGGGGGGGUAACUUAUUGUGAGGGGGGAGAGGGGGUGUGCUG